AAAAUGUGGCAACUCUACAUUUAGCUAUGUUUAGUUUUUCUUUGAUUUUAGUGCUUUGAGCGGGGAUUUUCAAUUGUUAACAAAUGAAUCGAUCUAAGCCAGAAGAAUGCAAAACGCAGCGUAUUCCACAAGUUGUGUCCCAAAAAGUCUCAUGUGCAGGAGCUCCAUAUUUUCCGGGCUUAAGCAACUGCUGCCGUUUGUGUUUGGAGGAGCCGCAUCCCAACCAAAUGCUGGACAUGACCGGCAUCUAUGACCAGCAGGCUAAACUGAGCUACUACGACUGCUAUGAGAUCUGCACCAAGGAGGACCUGCGCCAAAGUCCCAGCAACGAGCCCAGAUCCUUGUGCAAACGUUGUGUGGUGGAGCUGCAAUGGGCCUACGAUUUCCACAAGAAAGUAGCUUUAGCUAACCAGCAGUUGAGGGAGAUCUUUGAGAUCACGGACACUAGUGAGGAGCCCGAGGAGGAGGAGCAGGAAGAGGAGGAUGACUUCAUCAUAGAGGAUAUUGAGGACAAGGAGGAGGCCCAGGAUGAUCUGAACACUCCAACGGGCUCGAUUACCAUGGAUGACAUUGUGCCCCGUCAACGCCACACGGGCAAAUUCAACUGCCAAUUCUGCAACAAGGUGUUCAAGAACCAUUCCCGUAUGGCCAAGCACCGCUUGAUUCACCUGGACAAUCGUCCCCACUUUCAGUGCAGCCAAUGCGACAGGGUCUAUCUCACAAAACAGGCCCUUAAAGUGCAUGUGGACUCGAAGCACAGGCAAUCCGGAAUGUCUUGCGAUACCUGCGGCAAGGUAUUUGGCAUUGCCAAAGCUUUGGAGAUCCAUAAACGAUUCCACACAAGGGAUUUUCCCUAUGCCUGUGAUCUCUGCGAACGGCGUUUUGCACAGCGAUCGCAUUUGACAGUCCACCAGCAGGUCAAGCACACUGGAUCCCGAUUUAUUUGCGAGUUUCCCGACUGCCAGAAGUCCUUCACCUCGUCUUCAUCUUUGAGGAAUCACGAGUGCACCCACACGGCCAUGCCAUUUGAGUGUGCCCACUGCCAGCAGAGUUUUCCAGCUCGUAACAAGCUGCGAGUGCACAUUGAACGCAAGCACAACAAGCGAGUUGAGAUGGAGGAGCUGGAAGAGAUGCGCAAGUUUCACAUUGUACGCUCCAAGUUGGUCAUGGCAAAGGUUUAUAAAGGGCAGGAUCAAAUAGACAACAGUCGCCAAAAGGGAGCUGCUAAUUAAUACCUAGAUUGUUAAGAAAAAAGUUUAAAAAAAAUCCUAGAAAUCAUAGGUAAAUGCUAGUACACUAACAAAAGUCCACAAAAAAUAUGAGUACAUACAAAAAACUGAAAGAGAUAAAUCAAUCAUAUUAAUUU